ACAUUCAAUUGAAAUAUAAUACACACACACAAAUACCAUGGAAAGAUUGCAAAGACUUUUAGGAUCUGGUGCAGGAUUAGGUGGUGGAGCUCCACCACAAACCGACGGACCAGCUAUAGAUAACGCCGAAACCGUUUACAUAUCCUCAUUGGCUUUAUUGAAAAUGUUAAAACAUGGUAGAGCAGGGGUACCCAUGGAAGUUAUGGGGUUAAUGUUGGGAGAAUUUGUGGAUGAAUUCACCAUACACGUGUUUGAUGUAUUUGCCAUGCCGCAAUCCGGUACUGGUGUUUCCGUCGAAGCCGUUGACGAUGUAUUCCAAACCAAAAUGAUGGAUAUGUUGAGACAAACCGGGAGAGAUCAAAUGGUUGUGGGUUGGUACCAUUCCCAUCCAGGUUUCGGAUGUUGGUUAUCUUCUGUUGAUGUAAACACCCAACAAUCUUUUGAACAAUUGAAUAAAAGAGCCGUGGCUGUAGUUAUAGAUCCAAUCCAAUCGGUCAAGGGGAAAGUCGUCAUUGAUGCAUUUAGAACAAUCGAUACAACCACAUUGAUGAUGGGUCAAGAACCACGUCAAUCUACUUCUAAUGUCGGUCAUUUAAACAAACCAUCUAUCCAAGCAUUGAUUCACGGAUUGAAUCGUCAUUAUUAUUCAUUGAAUAUCGAUUACCACAAGACAAGUUAUGAAACAAAUAUGUUGUUGAAUUUACACAAGAAGAAUUGGCAAUCAGGAUUGAAGCUUGUUGACUAUAACCAUAAAGAAUGUGAAAACUUGACCAAUGUUGAAGAAAUGGUUAAGAUCUCCAAGUUGUAUAAUCAACGAGUCCUUGAAGAAAAAGAAUUGACUGAAGACCAAUUAAAGACAAGAUAUGUUGGUAAACAAGACCCAAAGAAGCAUUUAUCGGAUACUGCUGAGAAGUUGAUUGAAAAUAAUGUCUCUUCUUUACUUACUAGUAGUAUUGAUGCUGUAGCUAUUCAAUAGAUAAUACACAAAUAAAUGUAAUAUACGUCGAUAC